AUGGACGGCAGCAACCAGCAGCGCCAUCGCCGCUUCCCUCGGCCGCGUUUGGGGUCACGGGCGCGGAGCAGGGCAAAUACGGCCAGCAACAUGGUAGAGUUGGAGACGCUCUCGGCCUUCUCGGCCUUGGAGCGGCGGGCCGUCAGUCUCUCGCAGGACGAGGCCCAGGUAUGCGUUCGUCUCGCCGAGCUUAUGCUAGCCGACACACUCAAGGCCUAUGAGGGCCGCUCGGUUAUUGGUCGUGGCCAGCCCCAGGUGGAUCUGCAGCAGUGGAAACUCAUCAAGAAGAAAGACCAGCUCUGCGUGUACAAACAGAAGAAAGAAGCAGCCAAGCUCAUAGCCGCAGGCCAACAGCAACUUGGGCAGUGCACUGCCAGCGAGACGGAUCUACCGCUGCUCAUGGUCACCGGCUCCGUGGCCGGCCACGUCAACGACGCCAUGUACGGCCUGGUCAGCGCCACGACACGCGCCAUGAAGAUGAACAGUGCCUACGCUGAAGACGUCCUGGAGGACGCAGAGGUGUUGGCCACGAUCGAGGGGCCGAGUAUCGAGGAACCUUUCCGAUUCCUUGGCCUCAAGUGGGCCGUCCGCCGUGACGCCAUGGCCAAGCGACGAGACCUGUUGUACUUGGAGGCCACGGGUAUUACCAAGCUGGCCAACGGAGACCGAGUGGGGUACCGUGUCAUGCACUCAGUGAGCAUCAAGGCGCUGGCCUUGCUGGCCACCACGAGCAUUUCUUCGUCUGUAAUCCGUGCUCGUACUUCGAUCGUACAGUUAUUCCACCAGCAGCCAUCAUCUGAGGGCUCUACCGGUCUCACAGGUACGCUGAACGUGUUCACAAGAGGAUACUACGAUCCCCAGGGCGGCAUGAUGCAGUUUAUGGCCGUCAACGCUGGUGCUGAGCUUUUAUUGCACAUGACCUUCUCCGUUGUCGACUGUGCGCACCUCAAGAAGAUCGCCUUCGCGGCGCAACAGGCCGGCCGCCGGCGAAGAGCGAGUCAGCUGAACAAAACCGCCUAUGGUGAUGGAGGCAUGCUCGGCAUCGAGGAGUUAUGCGAUGAAGACACUGACGCCAUCUUGAGCGAUGGAGCGUGGUCAACCAACUGCUCGCUGUGUGAUCGUCGCGUGGGCCAUCUACUCAACAGAAGCGGAGUGCCUUGCACUAUUUGCGCCAAGAUGGUGUGUUCCCGCUGCAGUGUCGUCAAGAAGUUGCGCUUUUUGCGAAGUGAGGACAGUAAUUUACCCUUGAACCAUGGCGUGAAUCUUGGAGGAAGUAUGGGCGUGCAUGACUUUGAACGGCCCGAGGCGUCCCGAGCGUCCACGGAACGCAGCCGUAGCCGCAGCAGCAGCGGCAGCGGCGCCAACAACAUGAACGACAUUUGCCAGAAGGCACUCAAGUUCUGUUUGCCCUGCGUGUUGCGAGCCAACCAGCGCAACGCCUCGCAGAUCGUGGUGGAGGAGAUUCUAGAGCAGACAAGCUUCGGCCUGGUCACUCCUCGCAGCACAAUUGACCGGCCAAGCAACCGCUCACGCCCGUCGUCGAUGCGCCGGCGGUCGACUCAGACUGGACGUCCGUACAACUUCCGCUCGUCGCAGGCUUCGAACGGCUCACAGCAGUUCUCGCAUUACGCGGCAUCUCCUUAUUACCAGCCGCGUCAGAAGGCCUACAGCAGUGCGGCGUACGUCCAAUCUGCUCUGCAUCGAUCAUCCUCAGCUACCCCUCGCGUCAUGUUAUACGUUGAAGACCCGGCGACAAGCUCGUCCGGAUACAGUGCCGCCUAA